AUGGCUCAACCUAGCCCCGAGCAGAUAAAGGCUUUCAUCGCCGCCAAAAACGCCGAAGCCGAACGACAGUUGGCUCUUGAAGCCAAUAGUAAACAGAUUUCAGUAGAAGAAUUGAAGGAGCAGAAGAAGCAAAAUUUCCUUGCUCUUGCAAAAGCUAGGGAGAUGACACCAGAGGCACUCUACAAGGAAUUGCAGAUGGAAGCGAUGCGGGCGCACCAACAACAGGGCCAGGGAUCACCACAGCCAGGCCAAGCGGUACAACAACAAAAGCCGGGUCAACCGCCAAGUCCCCAGCAGGGACCUCCACAACAACAGAUGCAGCGGGUAGCCGUUAGCCCAGGACAGCCCGUGGACCCCAAGGCGCUGGCCGUGGCGAAGUUCCUGCGCUCGCAGGCCCUUAAGCCACGGACCUGUAUCCUAAACGGCGAACGAAAGGACAUGUUCAAAGUCAAGCGAGCUAUGCGCGCCCUUCAGUCCCCCGCCUACGCCAAAGCCGCCGCAAAGAAGAACUCCCUCCUUCCACCCGUGACAGACGCCGCCUCAGCCGAGGCCGCCUUCAAGCUCCUCCCUCUCUCCUAUCUCGCACUACGCGUGAGCAAGGUCGACCCGCACGAAGGCCACAACCACGCCAAGCCCAAGAACCGGACAAAGGGCCUGUGGACCGUGAAGAUCGAGGGGGAACAGCUUUUCGAACCGAUGAUGUACUACGUGUGGCAGUGGGAGGGACCGCAAUGGAAGCAGAAGGCCAUGGCCGCGGCUGUUGUGGCGGGUAUCUUUACCGUUGUGUUAUUCCCGUUGUGGCCUAUGAUGCUGCGCCAAGGUGUUUGGUACCUUAGCGUUGGAUGUAUGGGUCUUUUGGGACUUUUCUUCGCUAUGGCUAUCUUCCGGUUGAUUCUAUUCUGUGUUACCGUUUUCGCUGUCCCGCCCGGAUUGUGGUUGUACCCAAAUCUGUUUGCGGAUGUUGGGUUCUUCGACAGCUUCAAGCCUCUUUGGGGCUGGCAGGAGAACAAGAAAAAGAGCAAGAAGGUCAAAUCAGGAGUUGCAGCUCCCACUACCGCAGCUCCUGCAGCAGCUUCGACAGAAGCUCCGUCUGCUACUACCACCUCGGCUGAAACUACAUCUACUCCCAGCUCAGCGCCUGUGAAGCGGGACCUGACAGCGCGGGUUGAGGAAGUAGAAGAGUAG